CGUGUCUGUACAUAUAAUAUAAUAUAUACUUACGUUCCUCGUGCAUUACACCAGGUAUAUGUUGGAGCAUCGCACUGUGUUCGACUUUCAGUUGUACUGAGAAGACUGGAGAUUUUGUCACCACUGGGAACUAAGACUUUGGUUCGAUAUAAUACCCCCAUACAUAUCCAUACACAAUCACAGCUACGAGAAAUAAAUGCAACAGUAGAGAGUGUCUAAGGACAAAUAUCAUACAUCCGGAUUCGAGCUGUAGCGACUAUAGCGACGUCAGAGAAUGCCGUCCGAGUGCAUAGCGAAUCCUCUGCAGCGGGAGCUGGCGGACUCGAUAAUCCGGAUGCAGCCUCUGGACGAGAUCCGUAUACUACUUGCGUGCGGCGCCAAGACGAACGAGCCGGUGACCCAGGGCCUCCGGCCGCUCCAUUACGCCGUUUGGCAGCGCUACACCGACGCGGCCCAACUGCUCCUCGUCCGGGGAGCGGACAUCGACGCGACCGACGAGUGCGGCUACUCGGCCCUCCACCUCGCCGCCGAGCACGGCUACCACGACCUCGUCAAGCUCCUCCUCGAGCACAACGCAAGGGUCGACCACCGCGAGGACACCAGCGAGCCCUUCCCCAGGACUAUGCUGUGCGACGAGCCGCUGCGGCUGGCCCUGAGGAACCACCACAUCGAGGUGGCGCGGACGCUACUCGAGGCGGGGGCCAAUCCCAACAAGAGGUACUUUUUCGGCUCGGAAAUCAACCUGGUCUCGCCCCUUGAUCUCGAGUGCAUGGAGCUCCUGUUGGCCUUUGGUGCCCAGCCCAACACGAGGGACCGAGCGGGACUGACGCCCCUCAUGAAGGCUGCCCGCUUACCACAGAAAAUCUUAGCUUUCGAAAAGUGGUACCGUAACGUCUUCGACAUGUUCGGCGGGCCGGCCGAUCUUUUGCUUGGCUCCGACGGCCGCCACGAGGCCGCCAUCCGUCGCGGACUAGAGGGUCGCGGCUCGGAAUUAGGCAUAGCAUCGGUGCUGCUUUUGCUGAGCUACGGAGCUGACGUGAACGCGAUGACGGACGCGAGGCACGAUUACAGGACGGUUCUGCACUACGCGAUUUUGGGCGGGGACUCGACAGUCAUCAAUCUCCUGCUGAAGCAGGGCGCCACACUGGACCUCGGAACCGACUACCAGAAGCCCACGGCCCUCGACCUCGCCAUACUCAAGGGCGACCCGAACAUCGUCGACAUGCUCCUCAAAGCUGGUGCAAACGUGAACGCGACGUCACCGAUAAUCGGCUCACCCCUGCACGUGGCUUGCGCGGACAACAUACCGAACCGGCUGCAGAUAAUGACGAUGCUGCUUGAACGAGGCGCCGAUCCAAACAUAUGCGUCAACAGCGAGGAGGGACUGACCCUGCGCCCGGUGCUGGCCGAGUACGUGGCUUCGAACGAAAACCCCUCGGUCGAGGUGGUGUCCCUCCUACUGAAGUACGGCGCCCGGGUCGUGAUAAAGACGCAGUUUCGCGAUCCACACGGCAUCCUGAACUCCCUGCAAAACGCGGCGGACAAGCCCCGGCUGUUGGCCGCCCUGCUCGACGCCGCCGAGAGCUUCGACCCGUGCAUGAUCCGCAGAUCGUCGAGCCUCACCGACGCCCAGAAGGCCCUCGUCAUGGAGGCCGCCAGGACGCCCUUGCCCCUCAUGCACCAAGCACGGCUCAUCGUCCGCAAGAUGUGCGGCACUCGGCUCACCAAGAUCGUCACGUCGCUACAACUGCCCCACUGCUUGCACCGCUAUCUCCUCUACGACUUUUACUGAUACAUACCAUGAACACGCGCGCACGCAUCACUCGCGCAACCAUCGAUACAAUCCCCAUCCCCAAAUCGUUAUCUUUUUUGUUCUCUUUUCACUGUCAUCCGUGUAACACGCGAAAACUCCUUUUUACCCCGGGAUGUGUACUUUCUUUUGCUUUGCAGAGGUUACAAGUAUCCCAAACUUUCGUAUUUUUGCGGUUACUUUUUACUCGUGACUAACAACUUCGUCACUUGUCACCGUUACAUUCUUACAAUAUUCAUCAUUCGAUUGACACAUCUACACUCAACGAGUACAUGCAACACAUAAUUUUUACUGUAUUAAUUACCUCUGUAAUUAUAUACGCGGGUUUUCACUUGUCACGCACACUUGUCAUAUUUUUUGCUUUUAGAUAUUGUGAUAUCCGAACGAUCAUCGAAUUAACUAUUUUAGUUGUUAUACAGUUGAAGUUAAGGAGUAAAACGUUAUACUUAUUUU